AUGAGUAUUGAAGAUAAUCAAACAAUGGUAAUGUUAAAACCAGAUGAAAACAAACGCAUACAUGGUUCAACAAUAAGUUUUGAUUCAUUAAAUUAUACGAUUUCAUCAAAAAAAUGGUACAAUUUAUUUUCUGAAUCUUGUUUCGAAAAUCAACAAAAACAAAUUCUUUAUAAUGUAACUGGAAUUUUUAAACCAGGCAUGAAUGCAAUUCUUGGACCAACUGGAAGUGGAAAAUCAACAUUAUUAGAUAUACUAGCUAAUCGAAAAGAUCGACAAGGUUUAACAGGAGAAAUACUUUUAGAUGGACAACCAUAUAGACAAGAUAUUAAUUCAAGAAUAGGUUAUGUCGUUCAAGAUGAUAUACUUAGUGAAACAUUAACAGUUAGAGAAAAUUUAAUGUUUUCAGCAAAUCUUCGAUUACCACGAAAUAUAUCUUUUAAAGCUAAAAUUAAUAUUGUUAAUCUUGUUAUUUCACAAUUACAAUUAGAAAAAUGUGCUAAUUCAAAAAUAGGUUCUCAAAGUAAUCGACGAGUAUCUGGUGGAGAACGAAAACGAACAAAUAUUGGCAUGGAAUUAGUUUUAUCACCUACAGUUCUCUUUUUAGAUGAACCAACAAGUGGUCUUGAUUCAUCAACGGCUAAUAAUAUAAUAGAAUGUUUAUCUCAACUUUCUCAAAAAGGACAUACAAUUAUAUUAUCAAUUCAUCAACCUCGUUAUUCAAUAUUUAAAUUAUUUGAUAAUUUAUUUUUAAUUGGUGCUGGUCAUUGUAUUUAUCAUGGUUCAAGACAUGAUGUUCUUCCAUUUUUUUCUUCAAUUGGUUUAACAUGUGAAGAACAUGAUAAUCCAGCUGAUUUCAUUUUAGAUGUAUGUCAAGAUAUAAGACAUAUGUCAUAUCCUAUAGAUGAUAUUGAUACUGAAAAUGAUCAAAGAAAAGAUAAAAUUUGUCAAUAUUUAAAUAGUGUUUUUAUUAAAUCAUCUAUUUAUGAUUCAAUUCAACAACAAAUUCAAGAUGUAAGUAAAUCAUCAGAUGGAACAUUAAAUAAACAAGUUAAAGUUAUGUCUCGUCCAUGUUUAAUUGAAAUGUGGUAUGUAUCACAACGAGCAUUUCGUAAUUCAUUUCGAAAUAGUACAUUAAUGAUAAUGCAAACAAUUGUUCCAAUAUGUUUAGCAAUACUUGUUGGUUUUCUCUAUAUGAAUACGGAUUAUACAUUUGAGAAUGGAGUUAAAAAUCGUUUAGGUGCUAUAUUUUUUAUUGUUUCAAAUGAAGUAUUUAUAAAUUUAUCGGCAUUAGAAUUAUUUAUUAAAGAACGUGUAUUAUUUGCACAUGAACAUACAAGUGGUUAUUAUCGUGUUUCAACAUAUUUUAUAUCAAAAUUAAUGUGUGAUAUUCUUCUAUUACGAUCAUUUCCUUCAAUUGUUUUUUCAUUAAUUUCAUAUUUUAUGAUACAAUUUCAACAAUCAGUUAAAAAAUUUUUUAUAUAUCUAUUAGCUAUAUUUGCUACAUCUGUUUGUUCAGCAUCAUUAUGUUUUUUUGUUUCGGCAAGUGUAGAAACAAUAGGUGUUGCUAAUUUAGUUGCAGCUUCAUUUUGUGUUGUCAUGCUUGUAUUUACAGGAUAUCUUGUUGAUGUAACAAAUAUAGUCAAAUUUCUUGCUUGGAUUAAAUGGGUUAGUCUUUUUCGUUAUGCAUCAAAUGUAAUUACUAUAAAUGAAUUUACUCAAUUAACAUUUUGUCCAAUGAAUAAUACAAAUAUUUGUUCUAUCAAAGGUGAAAUUAUUCUUGAUAAUAAUAAAAUUGAUUAUUCUACAACAUGGGAUUUAUGGAAAAAUUUUGUAGCAUUAGCUGCUAUUACUUUCUUUUUUUUUAUAUUGACAUUUAUUCAGUUAUUAAGAUUACCAGGACGAAGUCAUCGAUAA